AUGGAGAAACCGGCUGCAACCCUGCGUGCCCAACGCUACGGAAGAGCCAUCCCCCUCAGCCCCCACCCCUCCCCUGCCAAGCUGUGGCAGCUGGUGAACAGCCCAGGCCUUGACAUCCGCUCGGACACCCAUGGCCAAGGCCUGGUCAUCAACCAGGCACUCUUGCAGCAGGAGCUCCUGGGCACCAGGCUGGGCCACACAGCAAGGUUGGUCAACAAUGGGGCCAAGCUGUUCCGGACCAAGAACUUCAGCAGCUUCGUCCAGCAGCUCAACCUCUACGGCUUCUGCAAAGUUAUGGUGGGAACAGCGGGUGGCCCUGACACUGGUGGCAGCUCCGCUGAGACCCUGCACCAUUUCCACAGCCCCCACUUUUGCCACAACUGCCCCAACCUCCUAGGCCACAUGAAGCGCCUGACAUGUGCCAACAGGGCGAGGCGUGCUGGCCUGGAGGUGGCCAUCCGCCCGGACACCCGCUUCCAGCCUCACAAGGCCAAUGGUCCCAUGAGAUGGGGUGGGCCAUGUGGGGCCAUUCCGGGGCACAAUGCUUCCCAAGGCUUUCCAGCAACAGGGCUUGCCUUUCCAGUACUCCCAAGGUGUUCGACAGAGGUCACCUACUCAGACCAACCUGUCCCCCCCAUUCUGCCGCUGGAGCAAUGGUCUCCAGCCACUGCCACUUCCCUUCCAGACAGCAGCAUAUCUUCCCUGCAGUACUCGCAAGCCUGUGAUCCAACAGGUUUAAAAAACAUUCCUACGCUUGCUUUUCUAAGAGCUACAUAA